AUGUCAACAGAAACGACUCCCAUGUCUAGUACGAGCAAUGCGCCACCACGAUCACCGCUGGACUCUGGAUCACCGUCACAGCUAUGGGCGCCCCCAAAGUCACCUCUUCCUCCUCAUAGGCUAGCAAAAUUGGCGAAUGCGCUAGGAGUGUCCACGCCUAUGCCUGCGACCCAGCCAAAUUCACCCUACUUGACUGGCUCUGGCUCGCCGUACUUGUCUCAUUCUAAUUCUCUACCAACGCCAUCUUCAGCUACGGAAUUCCUACGACGGUCACCAACGCCGUCUGCUUCUUCUGCCGUCAGUACGUAUCAAACACCCACGUCUAAAUUCCUCCUCCACGUUAUCCCUCCAUUACACCUCCUUCACGACUUCGAUGUCUCGGAUGAAACGAAUCAGCCCCCGGCAACCGCUUCUGGAUACCACACUCAGUUUCAGAGGGGGACACUUGUACCAGUUUACCCCAACCUCCAGCUCCAGCUCGGCGCGAUUGCCAAGGAAUACGCGUUGCCGAGCACGAUGGGACUUAUCCUCUAUUUGGUGAACACCAAUGUACCUCAGAACUCCAGCGGGCCAGUCGGAUUGGAGGACCCGGGAGACGAGCUUGGGCCGCGUUUGUCAGAAGAUAUAUGGAAGCACCUCUGGGUACGCGUAUUGAAAGCUGAGCAACGUGAUGAGUUGGUCCCCCGCAGUGCUAGCCCAAAUCCCCUCGGUUUCGUGUUGAGUGCAAAAUCAUCUCCAAACCCCAACGGCUUCAACCAUCUUCGUAUCACGGCUCCCAAUGGCAACGAAAAUACCACCACCCCGUAUCCUCUGACACCUUCCUCAUCAACGACCACCACAACCUCGGCAUCAGACCUCCAGCAUCACACCCAUCCUAGUACUUCUUCCAUAUCACAAUCUGAGGCCGAGACACCCGACUCUUCUGUCCUUGACUCCCGUCGCGCUGACAGCCUCGAUCUACCUGGGUUGAAUUCCACGUCUUUCAUUCCGAUUCUGGCCAAAGUGGAGUUCGAUGUCGACCGUCGGAAAGCUCCGUGGUAUGAUCCCUGGGUAAGGAGCAGGAAGAUGAACCAAGUCAAGAGGGCGGAGAGUCGAGCGAGUAGGAAGGGGACUGUUGACGAUGCAUCCGAGGAGCGCAGGGCUCCGCUUGGUUUGAAGUUGACGGAACGUCUUUUGACUGCAAGCCCCAUUUCGCUGAGAUCUUUGACAAGCAAAGAUAAAGGAGAGGUGGAAGGUGGCUACCAGCAGUUGUCUGACUCAACGACAGACGACACAGGUUCGGAUUACGGAGGUGGCGAAGAGGAUGAGGAUGAGGAGGAUGAAGAAGAAGAUGCGACUGCUCGGGUAGCUUCAAUCCCAAAUGGCAGAGAUCCUUUGAGUGACGUGUUUGGGACCGAUGAAGAAACCUGGGCUGAGCUACGCAACUCCCAACUAGCUGCGAAACGACCCCCUUCAAAUCCGAACGUCGUCAGCCUUGCAUUAACUGCCGCCGACCUCGAAAACCUUCCAGAGCUACCGCCAUCCGAUGACGAGGACGAUUUCACUGGUUUGACACGGUCUGAGGACGAAGUCGCAGACCUACUUGACCAAAUGGACCAGAUGACCCGACCCGCCCUCUCCGUAUCUAUCCCGACCUCCCCUCCGCGAAGCGACAAGCACGUCCCACCGCCCCUCGUCCUGAAGCCCAUAUCGACGGAUCUAAGUCUGCCAGUGGAGAGCCCACUACCCGGAAGUUCAGGUAGUGCCCACCUAGCAUAUCUCACCAAUACCUCAGAGGAGAACAUUGAAUCCUCUUCUUUAGCAGAUGAACAGCCUAUCGCGCCGGAUGCGGAGCACGAGGAGCACGAGGAGGAUGACUUGAUGAUGGAUGAGAUCUCGCGGGUGAAGAGUCCAGCGGAAUCGGAGAAGAGGGAAGGGGCUAUAUUUGACGAUCUUGACCUUGGGUUGGACCUCACGGAAGAGUUCGAUGAGAAUGACCCCAACGAUCGCCGGCGGAGUCAACUGAUGAUGAAAGCCCAACUCGAUGAGAUCGAGAAGAAUCUGGCUCAAUUCUCGCCGAAGGCAUUGAGGACCGAUCUUGCAGAUACCAUCGUUCCGCUGUCCCCUAAUCUAUCGGGCGUUCUGCUGAACUCAGAGGUCCUACCUCCAACCCCCGGGUUGUCUCGCCUUUCGGAUACCCCAACCCUUACUCCGCCAACCAGCGGUGCUUGGCCAUCGGUUCCAUAUUCAACAAUGAAAGAUGCGCCGGACGUCCCACAAACUGCCGCAUUGGCCUCUCCUUCUCCCCCGAGGCUUGCCCUCAACGGGGUAUCUACUGGCGCACCCAAGUCCUUCAACGUAUCGCCUUCUAAAGAGAUAUCUAAAGAGACGCAGCAACGACAGCUCGAAAUGGAAGGGCAGGAGAUAACAUACCCCGCCAUCAAUGCCGCCGUGUCCUCUACGACCGAUUCCCCUGUAAUACCUCUUUCUCCCGAUCCAUUUGGACGAUACCCUUCGAGCAAUGAAGCGUCUUCUUCUCAUCAUCCCUCGUCGUAUUGGGGAGGCGACCAAGCUCCUGCCACCCACGAAGUCGAUUAUUAUAGUGUUACCUCUCCAACCGAGUCGGGCAGGCCUCCUUCUUCCCGCUUUUCUGCCGAUUCCACGUCCAACGAGGAGGUCCUCGCCAAGUCUAUCAAGAACUCUAAUUCUAAUAGUUUGAUGUCUGUGAAGAGUCUCAGAAAACUGUGGAGGAAGAGUAAUAAAUCGUCGAUCUCGUCAACGCCUGCGUCUACGAGUGGUCGGUCAUCGCCAGCGGCUUCGCUUUCGCAAUCAGCUCGGCCUUCAGAAGAUCUAUCAGCGUUACCAGCACUGCCAAUGACCCCCACCGUCGGUUCCUUCCCUCUACCACCUCCACCUCACAUGCAGAUGCAGCCUGGCCAGAUGCCCUCCCCUAAUAUGCAAGCAGGGUCAAUGCUACCUCCUUCCAUGAAUCGCCCUGACCUUCCCCCUCAAAACGGCGGAGGAUUCGCUCCCCCUCCGCCUCGCGGGUCCCUGGCACCGCCGUUCCUCCCUACACAGAUGCAGCCUCCACAACGCGAUUCUACAAUGGGGCAACUACGAUUUGACCAGGAGUCACCAUACCCUAUUCAUCGACCCCCUGCUCCUCGAUAUUCUCCGCGGCCCCCUUCGCCUGCCUACGCACAGCCGCCUCAGCAGCAGAACUAUCAACAAGGCACACUCGCAGCCCCCGCUGCACCAGAGAAGACGAGCGUCCGAAAGUCAAUUCUGAAGGCGGUGAAAUCGUUGCAAUCCGGCGGUAACGGUAACUCGUCCCCCACCGAAUCGCAAAGAUCGAGCAUGGAUCGCUCAGGACCUGGCACACGGUCCAGAAGGGGGAGUGUAGCCAGUACAAAUUCGUAUACCCCGAAUAUGCCUGCGUCCGAUAUACCUCCAAGCCCUCGCAUCCCCGAGCACCUUCUAGCUGGCAUGCGUAGCAGCCCUAAUGGUGCACCUCCUGGGCCACCGCCGCCGCCACCACAAGAUCACCGUCUGUCGCUCAAGACACGGCCGAGAAGCAACACAUCGUCCCUUGUCCGCUCGGCAUCCCCUCCUCGCUCUAUGGCGUCCUCGCGUGAUUCAGAAGAGACGAGGCCCAGUUUCGAUGUCUCCCAAUUCGAGAUGGUUUCUCCCAAGAUGAACUCUACGCUUUCCUAUCCGUAUCAUGGUCUGGAUCAUGAGUAG